CUUCCGAGGAUCCGCAUGAAGGACCUACUCAUUUAACCUUUCGUACGUGACUCGCCAUUAAUCCAGCCUUUAUGUGUCUGUGCCUACACUUUCAUCAUAGGUGAGGAAGAAUCUUGACCACCCUAGAAAAGUGCGAGGGUGCAAUUCUCCUUAUGCUCCAUUCUCUCAACCGGUCAGCCAUUUCAUUUGUGAGUGCCAAAUAUCCAUUGCAAAAUACCAGAUUUCCACAUGCAUUUUCGUCCAGCUCUCAACCAUCCACCAGAGUAUAAAAUCGGACAGACUCUCCCCGGGUUACAAAACACUUCUUUCCUUGAGACAGCAACUUUUAUCCCUAAACGCUAGUCAUAAAAUGACCCAACAAAGCAACCUCAAGACUUCUGAAACCGAUGUCCUUAUUAUUGGAGCCGGCCCCGCCGGUCUCAUGGCCGCCUGCUGGUUGGCCCGUACCGGAGUUCUGUUCAGAAUCGUUGAUAAACGCUCGACCAAGAUCUUUGCUGGUCAGGCUGACGGCUUGCAGUCCCGAACCUUGGAAGUUUUCCAGUCGUUCGGGUUCGGCGACCGUGCGCGCAAGAAUGCCAACCACUUCCAGGAAAUGUGCUUUUGGUCGCCAAACGAGAGUGGUGAUAUUGUCAGAAACGGUCGCAUUCCGGACUCUGUCCCAGGCAUCUCUCGGUUCCAGCAAAUUGUCAUGCACCAGGGAAACAUUGAAGAGUGGAUCACAGACUCCAUUACCAAAUGGUCACAGGGCCAAGGGAAGGUUGAGAGAGCCACCUUGCCAUUAAAGAUGAGCGUUGACGAAUCUCUCAUCAACGACACCUCUGCCUAUCCCGUCUCCGUCUUGGUGAAGAAGUUGAACGAAGACGACGAGGCAGUUCCAGAGCAGUACGGUGCAAAGGUUACUAAUGGUCUUUACCGUCAAUUUGACGGCGACCAAGAUCAGUUCUACAGUGACUUGCAGGACGGACUACUUGACGACACUCACGAGUUGAUCAAGUGCAAGUAUGUUAUUGGCUGUGAUGGUGCCCACUCCUGGGUACGUAAGCAAUUGGGGAUUGACAUGAUUGGUGACACCACCGAUCUUGUCUGGGGUGUCUUAGACAUGGUUCCAUUGACCAACUUUCCAGAUAUUAGAAAUCGCUCCGCUAUCCAUUCCAAGGAUGCUGGGUCCAUCAUGAUCAUCCCAAGAGAGCGUGACUUGGUCCGUUUGUACAUUCAGUUGAAAGAAGUUCCUCGCAUGAAGGACACCUCCAAGUCUGAGUUUGGCGGUGGUGAUGCCGCUGUCUCGGCCAAGGGUAGCACUACCGGCCGUGUUGACCGUUCCAAAAUCACCCCAGAGUUGAUUGUCAAGAAUGCCCAGGAAAUCUUCAAGCCAUACACCUUCGACAUUACGGAUUUGGAUUGGUUCACCGGCUACCAAAUCGGUCAACGUGUCUCCCCUCAGUUCCAGGCCUACAACCGAAUCUUUAUUGCUGGUGACGCGUGCCACACCCACUCGCCAAAGGCUGGACAGGGUAUGAAUGUUUCCAUGAUGGACACGUACAACUUGGGCUGGAAGUUAGCGCACGUGUGCAAGGGGUUGGCCAAGCCCGAGAUUUUGGAGACCUACGAGGCCGAGAGAAUCCAAGUCGCCAGAGAUCUCAUUGCAUUCGACCACAAGCUCUCCCGUAUGUUUUCUGGUAAACCAAAGGACGAAGUAAACAAGGAUGGCGUGGACAUGCUUGAGUUCAAGGAGGCUUUCAAGAAGGGUGCUGAAUUUGCCUCCGGUACUAUUGUCGACUACAUUCCAUCCAUUUUGGAGAUCAAAGAAGCUACCCCGGAUGUUGAAAUUCAGUACUAUACCAAGCUAGCCUCUAACAUCGGUAUCGGUAGACGACUCGACUCUUCCCAAGUCAUGUCACAGGCCGAUGCCAGGCCAUACCACUUGGCAGACCGUAUUCCAUCCGAUGGUCGUUGGAGGGUUCUCAACUUUUGCGGUGACGUAGCCAAAAACGCUGAAUUGGCUGCCGCCAAUGCGGAUUUUGCCAAAUACUUGGAAUCCAAGGUUAACUUCGUUAGCAAUUACACUCCAGUUAAUGCCCGUGUGGACUCUGUUAUUGAGGUUUUGACUGUCCACGCCUCUGACCGCCACAGCCUUGAGAUGCACGACUUUCCACAGGCCUUGUGGCCAAAGGACUCCCAUGGUCGUAGUGACUACUGGAAGAUCUGGGCGGGUAUCGGCUCUACUUUUCACAAUGGUGACUGUGAUAUCUACAAGUUCUUUGGUAUUGACACUAACAAGGGUUGUCAGAUUGUCUUGAGGCCAGAUGGUCACGUUUCCCACAUUGUUCCACUUGGUGCUGAGGGCAUCAAGGAGAUUGAGCAGUUCUUUGCCACUUUCAUGAUCCCACAGACCAAGGUCUUGGACAUUGAUAUCACUGCUAAUGAUACCGGUCGUUUCAGCAAGCCAGUCUUGGCUGUGUAACAGCUUAUUGGCAGAUUUACUUCUAGUUGUCUCUUGCUUUUCAUUUAUAGGUUUUAUAUUCCCCUAUACAGAUACUCAUAUACCUCAAUGUAU